GUCAUGACAUCUGUCCGUAGCAGGAAAGACAGAGUGCACUACGCAGUGUGUCAGAGCAAACUGUUCCAGAACUCAACCCAGUCGGUUGGGGCUGUGGGUGAACACGAAGUCAACUUCGAUGACUUCUGGAAGUUCUACGUGAAAUACAUGGAUCAACUGCACGGGAAGAAAGUAUCGAGCAACCAACGCAAAGAAUUGGAAUUGAAAAUGGAAUCAAGAGUGAACGCAAUUCGCAAUGACUACCUAUCACAGUCGCAAACUGAGAUCAUCAGGAACGCAGCUCCGGAUGAAGGUCGCCAUCUCACUAACGCAUUAGUUCUCUACUUUGACUUCGCCCAGAAGAGGGAAACUCAAAGGAUUGAGAAGGUUGAGAGUGCGAAGAAACAGCUGCCGAUUUACAAGUUCAGAGACCAGGUGCUGGAAACAAUCAGAAAUAAUCAGGUUUCGAUCGUGGCAGGCGACACUGGCUGUGGAAAGAGCACCCAAUUGCCUCAGUACUUGAUGGAAGCAGGGUACACGAAGAUAGCCUGCACUCAGCCGAGAAGAAUAGCUUGUGUGUCGUUGGCCAAACGAGUCGCCUAUGAGACGUUUAAUAAUUAUGGGGAGGAUGUCGGAUACCAGAUACGAUUCGAGACAUGCAAGAAUGCUCACACACGGAUUCUGUUUCUGACGGAGGGGGUUCUGCUCAGACAGAUUCAGGGAUCCCCUGACCUUGACCUGUACAAUGUGGUAGUACUUGAUGAAGUGCACGAGAGACAUCUCACCACCGAUUUUCUUCUCGGCAUCCUGAAGAGUCUGUUGAAAGUGAGGAGGGAGAUGAAACUGGUCCUCAUGUCUGCCACAAUCAACAUCCACAUGUUCGCCGAGUACUUUGACAAUGCGCCUAUUGUACAAGUUCCAGGUAGAUUGUAUCCGAUCGAGCUGAAAUACCAGCCUGUUCAGACCGAAGAGGCAGUGUAUUCAAAAAGCCACGAGCGAGCCAAGAUAGUAUCUAGUAGCUCAAUGGAGGAUAGAUACAACCCAGAAGCAGCUUCGUCUGAAAGGGACCGGAAACAUGGAGGGAAAGGGAAGCAGAGGAAUAAACAUGGAGCUGAUGUUGAUGUUCAGCCGUUCAUUCAAGUGCUGCAGAUGAUUGACAGACGCUACCCUGAAGCCGAGAGAGGGGACUGUCUGGUGUUUCUGUCUGGCAUCAAUGAGAUCAUGGCAGUGUACGAGGCAGUGCAGAACUAUGCCUCUGAGAGCAAGAAGUGGGUCGCUCUUCCUCUCCACAGUUCACUCAGUAUCGAACAGCAGGAUGCAGUGUUCAAUGUGCCACCAGAGGGAGUCAGAAAGUGUGUUUUGUCGACGAACAUAGCGGAGACGUCUGUGACUAUAGAUGGGAUCCGCUUCGUCAUAGACUCUGGCAAGAUGAAGGAGAUCAGUUAUGACACCACCAUGAAGAUGCAGAGACUUCAGGAGUUCUGGGUCAGCAAGGCCAGUGCUGAGCAGAGAAAAGGUCGAGCUGGCAGAACUGGUCCAGGUCUUUGCAUCCGACUUUACUCCGAGAAAGACUUCGAUUCGUUCCAACCCUACUCCACCCCGGAGUUGCAGCGUGUCUCUCUGGACGCUGUGGUGCUCCAGAUGGCGUCCAUGGGACUGCAAGAUCCGAGGAAGUUUCCGUUUCUGGAAGCCCCCGCUGAGAGUGCAAUAGUGUCGGCGGUUACGUUGUUAGAGGAGCAUGGCGCUCUUGAUAGACAAGUGAAGGGUCUCAUCACUCCUCUGGGUGGUCUGUUGUCCCAUCUGCCAGUGGACAUAACAAUUGGCAAACUCAUGCUCAUGGCCUCCCUAUUCCAUACUGUGGAUGCUGUGCUGAAUGUGGCCGCAGGACUCAGCACCCUCUCAGUCUUCACACACAAGUCAUUCAGAAGUGCAGAAGCAAAGGACUUGGUGCACCCUCUUCUUUCGAAUCACGGUGAUCCCUUCACACUUCUAACUGUCAUCAGCGACUGGCUCGAAAGGAAACGAAAAGACGGAAACGAAGGCGCCCGCAGAUGGUGUCGAAAAAGAGGGAUAGAAGAGCAGAGAUUGUACGAAAUAAACAAACUCAAAAACCAGUUCAAUGACAUUUUAGCAGACGCCAAGUUUGUAGACAAAAAAGACGACAAAAAUGAUGACGAAAAGUCAGUCGAUGAGAAGAAACACAAAGAUUUGAAAGACAGAAAGCGACUGAAAGAUUUGAAACGAAAUUACGACAAAUCGAGAAAGAAGAGAAAAGUUUUGUCAAUUCAAGACAACGCAUUUGAAAUGCAAAGCUCGGACGAAGAUGAACAUUCAGCUAUGGGGGCUUCAAUUCGUGACCUUGAAUUUCAGAUUAAAAAUGACCUCAAUUCUCAAAUAACUCCUCAUUUAUCUCUAAAAGAUAUCAAUAUGCUGAAGGUUAUAAUGUGUCACGGAUUAUAUCCGAACUACGCUUUACCUGAUUCAAAUAAUGGCUUCAGAAAAGCCUCGGAGCAACUUUUCAAUACUAAACAUAAAAAGUUUUUAAGUUUACACCCAUCAAGUUCUUUGAUAAAUUUCCCAGAAUAUUUCGAACUUAAACCAGAAGAACAUGAAUCCAAUUCAGCAAUGGCUAAGAGUUCAGAUCAUCAAUUAGUAGUGUUUUCCCACAUUCUAGCGACCAAAAAGCCAUUUAUAGUCAACAGUUUUAGAACACCGGCGUUGCAAACUUUAUUGUUGUUUGCCACUCAAAUUGAAACAAAUUCUGACUGCAGCUUGAUUUUAUUUGACGAAUGGGUCGAAAUUUCUGUCGAUGAUGGCGAUGACCUUUUAGUUGACCUUUUAGCAAGUGCGGUCAAACUAAGACAAUGUUGGACGGAAUUGCUACAAGUUAGACUAUCAGUGUUCAAAAAAACAUCAGUUGAUGGAGAUUUAAUUGCAAAACCGCGAGCUAAAGAGUUGGAGCGUCAGCUUAUAUCAAAAUUAACGAAAUUUAUUCACACCUCAAUUGAGUAUAGAAUUAAAGUUAGAUCGUCCAUUACAGUCGAUCUUUACACACAAGAGUAUGCUGAUAUUUCAAAGGUGCCGAAUCAGUUGCAGCAGGUUUUCGGUGAAGUUAAAAGAGAAAACAUUGAAGAUGUUUCUUUAAAAGAAUCGAAUGCCGGUUUUGGAAAAGGUGGUUGCCCGAUAACGCCAUUUUUAAUCUAUGGAUGUUUGUCCCAAGGAGGAUCGAGUUUAGGAGGCGGGCAUUUACAAACCGUUUGGACUUGUGAACUUUGUGACGUAACAAUGGUAGUAACGGCGUAUCAGCGCAGAAACCACAGAAAUGAGUGUCGAGAAAAAAUGGGGGCAGGAAAAAUAGAAGACGAAGAUGAAUCGGACAGUACAAAUGCAAAAGAUGUGCAGCAGAUUGAAGCUGGAUAUUAUUGCAAUGAAUGCAAAACUACUUUAAACUGCUCUCUUGUAGAAUUUAUGCGGCACCGGAAAAGCCACCCCAAAAUUGAGAUAAAGCAAGAGAAUUGUUGAACUAAGUAUUUGAGUAAUAUAUUUAAAUCAAUUUUUGUAGUUGCUAACGGUUUUCUAACAUUUAUCGCAUU